AUGGGGAACUUACCAGUAUCAAGAGUGGUACCGUUGCCACCAUUCGCAAUCACCGGUGUGGACUAUGCUGGCCCGUUUUUAAUAAAACAAGGUGGACGCCGCCUGACCCUGGUCAAAGCUUACGUGGCUGUCUUCGUGUGCAUGACAACCAAGGCCGUGCAUUUAGAGGUGGUUUCCGACUUAAGCACGGGUGCUUUCUUGGCGUCGUUGAAGCGUUUCAUAGGCCGGACUAAUUUCCGAGGUGCUCAUCACGAAUUAAAUGAGAUGUUUCAACAAUUUCGAAACGCACCAGAAUUCGGCGGGCUUUGGGAAGCUGCAGUUAAAUCCGCAAAGACACACCUGAAGCGCAUCAUCGGGAACGUAAGGCUGACGUUCGAAGAACUAACUACUGUUAUGGUUGAGAUCGAGGCUGUGAUGAACUCUCGACCACAUUUCUCCGUCUCCAACGAUCCAGCAGAUCCAACGGUUAUCACACCUGCCCACUAUUUAAUUGGACGCCCUCUUACUGCCAUCCCAGAACCGUCUCUGGAGGACAUCAAGGCAACCCGCCUUACGCGAUUGCAGCACCUACAACUGUUGCGGGAGCAUUUUUGGCGAGCGUGGAGUCGUGACUACCUAAAUACGCUCCAACCCCGAAAGAAGAUUCUACGUGCCACACCAAAAAUCCGUAACAAUAUGAUUGUGUUGCUUCAUGAUCGGAACCAGCCCCCACUCAACUGGAAGUUGGGUCGAAUAACAACCGUUUAUCCUGGUGACGACGGUUUAGUUCGUACCGUUGACGUCAUGGUUGGAGGUUCCGUCUUCCGACGCCCCAUCAACAAGAUUUCGGUCCUGCCUAUAUAA